UUCAUCUCUGUAUCCUACAACACAAUUUUUACCAUGCCAUCCGAAUCCAGUUCUCCUGCAAUGUCACCAGCAACCAAGGAUAUUCUUAGCUGCGUGCAGCGAAUGAUUCCGCCCAUGUUGGAGAAGUUCCACAAAGGGCAGCUGGGCCGCGUCGGUGUCCUCGGCGGCAGCGUUGACUACACCGGGGCACCUUACUUCUCGGCCAUGGCCAGUGCCAGGCUUGGGUGCGACAUGUCCCAUGUCAUCUGCACACCCGGCGCCGCCUCGGUGAUCAAGACGUACUCCCCCAACCUCAUGGUCCACCCCCUCAUGCGCCAGAGCCCGUCCGACGACACACCCGGCGGCCCUGAGGACGCGCAUAUGGACGCUGAGCAGGUCUCACGCCCCAUCAUCGAGAUGCUCUCCCGUCUGCACGUUCUCGUCAUCGGCCCCGGCCUCGGUCGAGACCCGCUGAUGCAGGACACCGUGGCGCGGGUGAUCCGCGCCGCGCGCGAGAAGUCGCUGCCCCUAGUCCUUGACGCCGACGCGCUUCUGGUGGUUCAGAAGGAGCCGUCGCUGGUCCGCGGCUACAAGCUGGCGGUGCUGACGCCCAACGUCGUCGAGUUCUCGCGGCUGUGCAAGGCGCUCGACGUCGACGAGGGCAAGGCCAAGGACGGGGCGGACGGGUCCGGAGAGGAGCAGAAGGAGACGGCCAAGGUCGAGGCGCUCGCGAAGGCGCUGGAGGGUGUGACCGUGGUGCAGAAGGGCGGCAAGGACUUCAUCUCGAACGGAGAGAAGACAUUGGUUGUCGACCUGAAGGGCGGGCUGAAGAGAAGCGGCGGUCAGGGCGACACGCUCACAGGGUCGAUUGCUACAUUUCUGGGAUGGAGGAACGCGUAUCUCGAGGGCCUGUGGGAUACAAGCGAUGGCAAGCUUGCGGAAGAUGAGCUGGUCAGGCUUGCUGCCUUUGGCGGCUGUGCCAUUACGAGGGAGUGCUCCAGACGGGCUUUCCUGAAGAAGGGCCGCAGCCUGCAAGCAAGCGAUUUGACAGAUGAGGUGCAUGAGUCAUUUAUGACUCUGUUUGGAGAGGUUGAUGGAAAGGCGGGAGCUACCAAACUGUAAGAUCUAUAUUCCAGACUCAGUCCGAGGGCAAUUCAAAAGCCAACGGAUGCCUCGUCAGGGACAUCGACGACAUUGGAUUCCAUAACGUUGUGUCAGAAGACAAUCAAAAAUACACGUUCUCUACCAGCUGAAAAGUCCUAUUGUUCUUAACUCUCACCCCUCCCAUCCUCUCCCAGCUUUCAUCCUCUCCCAGCUUUCAUCCUCUCCCAACUUUCAUCCUCUCCCAACUUUCACCCUUUCCAACUUUCAUUCUCUCUCAAGUUUCAUCCUGCCUCAACUGUCAUCACUCUCCUCAUACCCCUCUCUACUUUUGUACCAUCUUGCUGAC